UGAUUUUUAAUAAUAAUUUUUAUUAACUAUUUUGAUGAAUGUAACUAAAUAUGCUUACAAGAUUAUAUUGUUCGGCCUUUUUAAUCAUGCUUUUUUUGUUAAAAAUACAUAUGUUUUAAAAAAAAAGAGAAUAUUUUUUCAUGAGAAAAACGAAGUUUAAUUAUUAAUAUCCAUCCAAUAUAAACUGAUAAACAAUAUAAUCUAGUUAUAAUCAUCAAAAAGCCAAUUAAAAUUAGUUCUUAGCUACGUACAUAUAUUUUGGAUUUGAACGCGUAACAGCAAUUUUAAAUGUCUUAUUACAUGCUACUUGUGUUUGUUAUUUUUCUAAAUAUUAGAACGUUUCAUACAAGGAGGUAUAAUGAUUUCACUCAGGAAAGUCUACAAUUUCCAUCUGUAAAAGGAUGCAGUUGUGAAGGUGAUGAAUGUAAAUGUUGUGUAUUUUUGGAUAUACCAAAAAUUUACCUUAAUGAAACAGGAUGUGUCAUCAUCAAAUAUUUAGCAGAAGAAGUGGGUGUGGAUAUGAAAUUUAAAGUCAAUAAUAGGGUAAUAUUAGACGAAGAAAUAUCUUUGCGAAACCCUCCUCCUCUGUGUGAAGAAGUUCCUUACUUUCGUGAAUACGCCAGUCUCUGUAUCAAAACGUAUAAUGUCACAUGGAGCCAACAGAUUGGAGGAUGUAUUAAACUUGAAGCCAAAUUAAUGCAUGUUCUAGUGAAGGAGGUAGAACUUGGUUGCUUUUACUUUCAUGAAAAGAAAAAUCGUACUACAAUUUCUAAGAUAUAUCAACUGUUUCGUAAUUUUAUGAGUGUGACCAAAAGGGUUUAUAAAGAAGAAAGUCGAGGUAUGGCAUCGUUGAUUUUGUAAAUACAACCAGUAAAAUUGGAAUCUUUGAAAUGUUAUGUAUUAUUUAUAAUAUAUUAUGUAAAUAUUAAUAACAAAUAAUUUAAGAAACAUUUUAUUUUA